AUGAUGGUUUUUGUCAUGGUUUUUGCAGGUUACAUAUCACAAGUACUAAGGAAUUACACUGACCAUGCCUGCGAUGGAGAAUAUGUCUCCUUGAGAUGUCCUCACAGAACCACCAUCAGCAUUCAGUCUUCUUUUUAUGGCCGUAUUGUACCAAGUCAUCAGAUGUGUCCUUCUCGCUAUCCCCACUCCUAUGCAACUUUAAUUAAAGAAGAUGUUGCCUGUUCAGUUGGUACUUCCCUUCAGAAGAUGCUGGAUGAGUGCCAGGACAGGCGGAGCUGCCAGUUUCUCGUCAACAGCCGGCUGUUCGGUGCAGACCCGUGCCCUGGAACCGGCAAGUACCUCAUCGUGUGGUACAAGUGCAGGCCAAAUGAGUACAAGAGUAAAGUAGCCUGUGAAGACGACAAGCUGAGGCUAAGCUGUAAGAAGAGCAUGGUGAUAGCCAUUUACUCUGCUGUCUUUGGAAGGACACAAGGAGGCAGUCUGGAGUGCCCGUACCAAACCCUAGGGAUGCCCAUGAUUGAGUGUCAGUCAGCUACUGCUCUUCAACUCAUGAUCAAGCACUGUCACGGGAAGAGAAGUUGCAGCAUAUAUGCCAGCACCUACGAAUUUGGAGAUCCCUGUUACCCGGGCAUCCGAAAGCAUCUUAAUGUCAUCUACACCUGUG